AAGAAAAUGUAAUUUUAACUGUAUAAUUUUAAGACUUAAAAGUAUGAAAAGCAAAGCAUGCUUUGAGAUUAGCCUGGCUGACUAUUUUCCUUCAGUAAUUUCCCUUCUACAUCAUAUAAUGUACAUCAUAUGGUAGAGAACUUUUAGUAAGAAUCAAAAUAAUAUUUGACAUUAAAGAAACUGAAGCUAAUGUAUUUCUCCUCUUCAGGGCGUGGAGUUUUCACCACUGGAGCUUUUUUCAGAGGUGAUUUUGUUCUUGAAUACAGAGGUGAACUUCUGAGUUCACAGGAGAGUCUGGACCGAACUGAACACUACACUGAAGCUGAGAACACGUUCCUGUUUGAUUUUCAGUGGCAUGGCAAAAAUUGGUGCAUGGAUGCAUCUAAAGAAGACUCGUCUUUGGGAAGACUUGCAAACGAUGAGACCAGAAAUCCUACUUGCAAAAUGAGAACUGUUGAAGUGAGCAGAAAACCUCACCUGUGUCUGUUUGCUGUACGAGACAUUCUACCAGGAGAGGAAAUCACUUACAAUUAUGGAGACUCAGAUUGGCCAUGGCGAGUCAAGCCUUUGAAUAAAGCAUCAGCAGAAUCCACUGAUAAAACGAGAGCCAGCAGUUUGCGCCUGCAUAAAUCUCCCCAUUGUGUAGCUUCUGUUUCCUCUCCUGAACUGGACAAGGUAAACAGCAAUGGUCCUCAUAAGCAGUCAGGCAAAUCAAGAACAUCAAGGAAUAAAACGGCGGCCAGUCUCUUUUUUUCUGUAGCCACUCCAAAGUCCAAGUCACCCACGUCACCUUCAACCUCGCCUGUGCAGCCCUCAUCAUCCUCGCCUGCCUACAGAGGAGGAGAGUGCAUCAACAAAGCUGCUUGCGAAUGUGGCAUAAAGAACCCUAAAGCACUGUCAUCAACUAGGCUCAGGAAACACAUAGCAACCAUGUCUAAAAUUCUUAACCUUAAUGAGAAUGAAGCAGACCAACUGGCUGAUUUCCUUGGUCACGAUAUCCGAAUCCACAGACAGUAUUAUCGAGACGAUCUUUAUACAGAGGCUGACACAUCCUUGGAGUUCAUCCGAUGUAGGAAGUGA